CACUUCCCCUUGGAGGAAAGGCACGGCUCCAGGCGCGCCCCUCCCGUCUCCCCCCCAAAAAAGUUUGAGUCGCCGCUGCCGGGUUGCCAGCGGAGUCGCGCGCCCGGAGCUACGUAGGGCAGAGAAGUCAUGGCUUCUCCGUCCAAAGGCAAUGACCUGUUUUCGUCUGAUGAGGAGGGCCCGGCGAUGGUCGCCGGACCGGGCCCGGGGCCUGGGGGCGCCGAAGGGGCAGCGGAGGAGCGCCGCGUCAAGGUCUCCAGCCUGCCCUUCAGUGUGGAGGCGCUCAUGUCGGACAAGAAGCCGCCCAAGGAGACGUCCCCGCGGCCAGCCGAAAGCGCCUCCGCCGGGGCCACCCUGCGGCCGCUUCUGCUGCCUGGCCACGGCGUCCGGGAAGCUCACAGCCCCGGGCCGCUGGUCAAACCCUUCGAGACCGCCUCGGUCAAGUCGGAAAAUUCAGAAGACGGAGCGGCGUGGAUGCAGGAACCGGGCAGAUACUCGCCGCCGCCAAGACACAUGAGCCCCACCACCUGCACCCUGCGGAAACACAAGACCAAUCGGAAGCCGCGCACACCCUUUACCACGUCCCAGCUCCUCGCUCUGGAGCGCAAGUUCCGCCAGAAACAGUACCUCUCCAUCGCAGAGCGGGCAGAGUUCUCCAGCUCUCUGAACCUCACAGAGACCCAGGUCAAAAUCUGGUUCCAGAACCGAAGAGCCAAGGCGAAAAGACUGCAGGAGGCAGAACUGGAAAAGCUGAAAAUGGCUGCAAAACCUAUGCUGCCCUCCGGCUUCAGCCUCCCUUUCCCCAUCAACUCUCCCCUGCAAGCAGCAUCUCUAUACGGUGCAUCUUACCCUUUCCAUAGACCUGUGCUCCCCAUCCCGCCCGUCGGACUUUAUGCGACUCCAGUGGGAUAUGGCAUGUACCACCUAUCCUAAGGAAGACCAGCUCAAUAGACUCCGGGAUGGAUGUUUGUUUAAAAGCCUCCCCCCUCCCUCUCCAAGAAGACAGUCCCGCUCUACAAACCUUGCAUGCACCACCCUCAGCCUCAGCGGCUAGGUCGACAGGGCCACAGACAUAGUUCAAAUUGCUUCUUUUGACUGGAGACACCCAAGCCCUGUUUUCUUGGUUAAUCUGCCAGAUGCGCCCCCCACCCCUUUCAUAAAGAUUGGCUCUGACAGUUUUUAUAUAUAAAUAUAUAUAUAAUAAAAUAUAAUACAUUUUUAUACAGCAGACAUAAAAAUCAAAUUAUUUUGAAAGGCAAAAUUUAUAUAUAUAUAUAUAUCUUUUUUCUCUAUAUAUCACCUUCCUAAAAGAUACUGCUUAAGUCUACCUGUUGUUUUUUUUCUUAUGGGGGAGACAAAUUAUUUGCUAAAAUUGCUGAAAUCUGGUGAUUUGGAUGGAAUAACUGACUUUAGCUUAUGGAAAACAAACAUUAGAAUUAGACAUUACUUGCAUAAGGAGUAGAUAUGGAGAGAUUCCUCCCAGGGAAGGGACACACCAUGUUUUUGCAUUUUUCAUGUGCAUUAAAAACUCACAUAGAUCGAAAACUCACUAGACAUGACCCUAUUUGGCCCUAUAUUUUUCCCCCCUCUCCACCUUGUUUAUUACACAUUAUUAAAAGUUUUUGUAAGAUCAAUAAAAGAUUAGAAUCCUGAGAGUCCUCCGGGGUAAGGUGGAAAACGGAGGUCCUUCCUAAUUCCUCUCAAGGCUGUUGCUUAACUUCAUUUCAGAUAAUUGGGGAGUGAAAAGUUAAAGCAUGUUGGGAGGAAUUGAUGGUUUCUGUGAACCACUGGGUAUGUCAGUCCUCACGCAUUGCAAAGGCAAUUUGGGGGAGGGGUGUAGUUAAUUCUCUGCUUUAAAAAAAAAAUGAAUAUCUUGUAACCAUUGUCUAUAUGCUAAAUAUUCUUGAGCAAUGAAUAGAUCCAAAAAGAAGAAAAUCAUGCUUUCUCUGUGUGUACCUAUUGUAUGUGCUAAACUUAUUAGAAAAAUUUAUAUACUUUUUAACAUGUUGGGGGCAGAGGGUAAAGCCAUGUUUUGACUUGAUAAAAAAUGGUGUUGUCAGACAGCCCAUAUAGCUCCUUGGUAUUUAAUCUUUCUAUCCAGCACCCCCUCCCUGCCCCAAGUAUACCUUCAUCCCUUUGAAAGGGUGCCUUGUAUAAUUUUAUAUAUUUUAUUGAAGAGUUAUUUCUUAUCUCUUAUUCUGAAUUAAAUUAAACGUUUGUUUUAUUGCAGUAAA